AUGUUUUUCUCGGUCCAACCACAAAUUAUUGAACCUACUUCCGAUACUGCGAGUCGAAAUCAGAAUCAAAUAACUUUAUCAUUGCAGACUGAUCGUCGCGUUAGAUUUAACCCCAAAGUUCAACGAAAAUAUAUUGAUCGUGAACCUGAAUCUCUGACGUAUAUCCAAGUUGUUGGUGACUCUUUCGGUAUAAAUGAUGAUUUCGAAGACAUGCAAUUUUUAGAAAAUCUCUAUUUGAAGCGUGUCCAAUUAAGAGCUAAUAGAGGAACGUACGCCAACCGUAGGCGACAAAAAAUCGAAGAGGCUGAAAAUGAUAUGAAAGUGUGGAGAAGGCAAUAUCAUGCUGAAGACGGCGGGAGACCUCAUAUAAAAGACGAAACCUCAGACAAAGACGAAACUCAGGCAAAAGACGAAACUCAGGCAAAAGACGAAACCUCAGAUAAAAGAUGA